AUGAGUUCCUUUGCGUUAGGUAAGUUGCAUACUUCAAAUGCUGAUAACAAAAUGAUCAUUGUGUUUUCAUUUUUCCUUUGUUCUCAGCGUUCAAAACCCUUUUUUUUUUUCCAUCCUUUCUCUGCGAAUUAUCUAUGUUACCAAAGUCAUUAUGGCAGUAGUUAUGACCAUCACAAGUUUUAUAAGCAUUGACACUACCGUGACGAUCAGAAGCACUGAUGUAACGAAAGGACAAUAGAACAGGAUUUAUAACAAUUUUUUUGACAUUUUCAAUGCACUAGAGUUUUGCUAAAAUGUAUGAUCGAUAGUUAAAUCAGUUUGAUCUUGUUUGAGUGGUGUAUUUCUUCAAGCCAUUGGAUCAUCUUUAAGUAUCUACAAGGCAUACAUUUCACAGGCAUUCUUAGAAUAAUCUGGAAUCUGACGACAACUCAUUUGGGACAGGCAAUCUCUAAACAAAUUUGGCAAAUCCUAAAAUUGGCAACGUCUUGUUUAAAUACCUGACGAACAAUGGAAAAAAAUAGCAUGUAAUCAAUCUCAUUAUUUCUCUAUUUAACCUUCAUCUUUUUCUGUCAGUAAGGGUGUCUGUUUUUUCUGUUUUGUUUCAUUCUACCUUAUUCAUUGUUAUAAAAUAUCAUUAUAAAGUAUCAUAUUAUAUUAUAAUAAUUAUCAUUAUUAUUAUUAUUAUUAUUAUUAUUACAGAUUUUCUGGUGUGAACGUAUUUUUGUUACAUUUUUCACUUUAGAUACUUUACAUAAGUAUUAUCUUAGACUGAAUUGCACUCAGUCUUGUAGCAUAGAAAGUGUUUUCAUGAGCACUGAAGAAAACUUUCUUCACUGUACUAUGAGGGAAAUAAAAAUUUUCAAAAAGUCACGGAAGUUGCAAUUACUCAACCUCCCUUAAUAAGAGCAAGGAAGAAACUGCUUUAAGUUUUAAAAUGUGUAAAUCAUUCUUUCAAAGACCAUAAAAUGGAAUGGGUAUGUAAAUUAAUUCAAAUGGUUCAUCAUUUCCGACUAUUUUUGUGCAAAAUUAUCCCUGAAAUUUCCUGGACUUCAAUAUUUUCUUUCCUAGAGUGAUCCUGAUUUUUUUUAGUCUAUAAUCUAGUUUAUUUAUGAUCCUUAGAACAUCUCUAUUAUGUGUCCUGCUUACAAAGGCUUCAUGGUCAAGUUUUGGACACAGCUCUUAUGGAAACGGGUGAUGAGUCAGAGACAGACAUUCCAUUUGACAACAUUAUUGUCUUGUAAGUUCUCUUCAAUUACAAUCCCUCCUCUUUGAUUCUGACUAGCAGAUUUUACCACAGUUUUCAGAUAUUUAUCCUGACCCUGUCUUCAAAAUUAAGCUGUCUGACUACCUGCCAGAGUUUGAACAAAUGAGUUGUUUGUCACAGUUGUUUGUCAUAGAUUACGACUCAGCAUACUGAGUGGGCCAUGACUCACAUGUACAUUGCACUGAACUUGUCAACUUUUACCUCUUCGCUUCUCCAAACCAAAGUCUCACAAUUUAGGAAGACAAGAAUCUUUAUAUUCUCAUGGAGGAAUAUUUUCAUUACAUGCAGUCAUCUUGAUGCAUUGCAAUAUCUCUAUUUUACUUCUUAAAGAUGAAUGUUGUACAGUAAAAUUUGAUCACCCUCCACUUUAUUUAGUGUUUAAUUCACCUUUUUUAUGGUGGUGGUCUACCUGUUCCUUGAGUUAUGUGUAAUGAUGGUAUCAGAUUAAAACCACAGUCUGAUUUAUAAAUUUUUUUAUCUAAUCUUAGUGAAAAUGUGAGCUAUGACCUCAAGCUAGGUAUAGAGGUAAGCAAACAGAGCUUCGGGAGUGAAAAGGCCAUUACAAGGAACUUUAGCGGGCCACGA